AAAAUAUAAGUCAAGUUACUUAGUUAUGGGCUCUAUACCCAUAUUUGCAUAUAUUUGUUUGCAGUGCAGGUGUGUGGCGUCUUCCUAGUUACAAAAAGUUAAAUAUUCUGUGGUUAUCAUCACACUUUUCAACUUGACCAACACUGGCACCUGUCCAUAAACUCCAACAAAAGGAUCUUUUGGUGUGUGUGUGUGUGUGUGUAUGUGUGUGUGUGUCCUGCAGCUUUCACUACCCACACAAAUCAGUGUUUACGCAAUGGAGCAAGCCGCUUGCAUUCUCCAGCCUGUAGCAAGCAAUAAGACCGCCGGUGGCCACUUCACCUCUCCUCCCCUCUCCUCUGCUCUCGUCGGGAGGUGCCGCAGCCCGAGUGCGCCCCUCUGCUCCUUAUGUAGUGUGCAGCGGGACGCUCCGUCCACGCACUUGCCUUUUACGCGCACGACGCGAUCGCAACAAGCGAGCACUUUGGAUGGAGGCGGGACUCUUAUUUUUCCCCCCCUCUCUCUAUCUCUCUCUCUCCGUGUUCCUGAAUGAUGCCUUGACUCCACUCCGGUGAUUAUUUGAAGGAAUGACAUUUUUCUGAACCCCCCCACCACCACCUCACCUCACCACCACCAACCCCUCCCCGAUACUUCCUCUCGACUCGACAACAUGAGGAGAGCGCGUUUUUUGCGCGGCGUCCGUGGAUCGCUCUCGGUCGUGGCCGCUUGACUACACUGGAUUUUGGGGAGGGGGGGGUGGGAUCCCGGGUCGCUUCCUGCUUGGAAGAAGACGACUUUUCAUGAACAAAUGUGAAUUAUAUCGGCAAGCCAUGGAGGGACUUGCCUUAAGAGGACCGAACGACCAUUUUUAGAAUUUUAUUUUUUAUUUUUUACAAUUGUAACAUCAACGUCUGCUCCCUUUUGGCCUUUUCGUCACCAUGGCUGAGAAGCUGGGAUCCGCAGGGGUCAAGCCCACCAACAUGCGCUCCACUUCCACAAUACCCCCAGAACCUAUCGACAUCAUCCGCACCAAAGCCCGCUCCCGCCGUGUCCGCCUUAACGUCGGGGGUCUCAACCAUGAGGUCCUGUGGCGGACUCUGGACCGGUUACCCAGGACUCGGCUCGGCAAGCUGAGAGACUGCAACACUCACGAGUCCCUGAUGGAAGUGUGCGACGACUACAGCCUGAACGAGAAUGAGUAUUUCUUUGACAGGCACCCGGGGGCCUUCACUUCCAUCUUGAAUUUUUACCGCACGGGUAAAUUACACAUGAUGGAGGAGAUGUGCGCCCUUUCAUUUGGCCAGGAGUUAGACUACUGGGGGAUUGAUGAGAUCUACCUGGAGUCCUGCUGCCAGGCCCGUUACCACCAGAAAAAAGAGCAGAUGAACGAGGAGCUGCGCAGGGAAGCGGAGACCAUGAGGGAGCGGGAGGGAGAGGGAGAGUUUGAUAACACCUGCUGUCCGGACAAGAGGAAGAAGCUGUGGGAUCUCCUGGAGAAGCCCAGCUCUUCUGUGGCUGCCAAGAUUCUGGCCAUCAUAUCAAUCUUGUUCAUCGUCCUCUCCACCAUCGCUCUGUCUCUCAACACCUUACCGGAGCUCCAGGUCAUGGACGAGUUCGGCCACGCCAACGACAACCCCCAGCUGGCGCACGUGGAGGCGGUGUGCAUCGCCUGGUUCACCAUGGAGUACCUGCUCCGCUUCCUCUCCUCUCCCAACAAGUGGAAGUUCUUCAAAGGACCCCUAAACGUCAUCGACCUGUUGGCCAUCCUUCCUUACUACGUCACCAUCUUCCUAACCGAGUCCAACAAGAGCGUACUGCAGUUCCAAAACGUGCGCCGCGUGGUGCAGAUCUUCCGCAUCAUGAGGAUACUGAGGAUCCUGAAGUUAGCCAGGCACUCCACGGGACUCCAGUCUUUAGGGUUCACCUUAAGGCGGAGCUACAACGAACUCGGUUUGCUUAUUUUAUUCCUCGCCAUGGGCAUCAUGAUAUUCUCCAGCUUGGUCUUCUUCGCUGAGAAGGACGAAGAUGCCACCAAAUUCACGAGUAUCCCCGCCUCGUUCUGGUGGGCCACCAUUACCAUGACGACGGUGGGAUACGGCGACAUUUACCCGCAGACUCUGCUGGGAAAGAUAGUCGGCGGGCUUUGCUGCAUCGCCGGAGUACUGGUCAUCGCUUUGCCGAUUCCCAUUAUCGUCAACAACUUCUCAGAGUUCUACAAGGAGCAGAAGAGGCAGGAGAAGGCCAUCAAAAGACGAGAAGCUCUUGAGCGAGCCAAAAGGAAUGGAAGUAUCGUAUCCAUGAACCUUAAAGACGCCUUCGCUCGUAGUAUGGAACUAGUUGACGUCGUAGUGGAGAAAGGAGACGAUAAAACGUCUCUGGACAACCAUCUGACACCGAACCGCUGGGGCGGCUCCACCAGAUCGGCCACCUCGGAAACCAACCUUAAAUCGCCGGAUAAAAGAACCCAGGAUUCCGUAGCGCAGAGCUCACCCCAACGUAUCACCAUCACGACCACCGGGAGUCCGCAAUGGACCAGCAGAACUCCUCAGCAUCUGAACGUGCAAAAACUGGAGGAGAUGUACAACCAGAUGACCAAGUCCCAGUCUUUCACUAAUAUUAACACGGCAAGUUCAGCGAGUACGCUGAGCACCACCAUGACCGCCCCCGGUUCGCCCAAGAGAUCUCAAAGUCCAGAAACCACAUUAAAGGAAGAGGUGGAAAUGAAAGAAGUCCGGUCUUCUUUGGAAGCCGGUCCAUGCGAGAUCAGACACCCACGCGUACCACCGACUUUGGAUCUGAGACCCCAUCCGGAUCAGAUUCCUGAAGACAACAUCCUCAAAGAUGGCUUCUACGAAUCAGGUGACGGUUCAGAACUCCACAUAAGGGAAGGCGAGAGCUUUAGCAGCGCCGUAGAGAACAUACAAAAAUCUCUCCGAGGGAACAACCCUCUUAAAAUUAAAGUCACCAGGACGUCCACGGAGGGACCUCCGACGCCGCCCAGUACCACGUCUCCGGGGGACAUCAGUUCCAGCAUCCUUGAGGAGGAGUCACCAGAAGGGGAGACCUCGCCGCUUAUAAGUUCCGAGCCGUUGCUCCCACCUAAUGAGGAAGAAGAGGCCGACAACGACGACGAUGGGGGCCCGUUGUCCCCGAAGCGGUUGGUAGUCGACACCCCACCCGGCGAUGAAGACCCAUCCUCUGAGAAGCACCUAAUGGAGGUAGCGGGCGCUUCCGGUGCGCCCUCGUCGCCUAAGUCAGGCGCACAGAACUGCAGCCCAGGCGGCGGGGUCGGGGCCCCCGAGGGGGCGGACACCAACCAAAGCGGACAUAAAGUAGAGAACCACAUGUUUACCUCCGACAUCCACCUGAUACCAGGCGACGGUAGCCUGUCACCUACUUGUGAAACCAGCAUGUGACUGCUCGGAGGGACCCUUUAAGGGGCGGCAACCUUUUGGGGGAGAUCUGAGGGGGCGGCUAACGGAUAUCGAUACACUGCAAGAUAUUUUUGCAUGGCAUGGCAAGUUCCUUUUACUUGUGUUGUUGUGAAAUCCUGAACAAAGCGCUGCACCACGUCGGGACGGGACAGGACAGGACGGAAUCCAUCGCAGGAGUGCAGCCACCCCCCAACGCCCCCACCCCUUGUACAUAAAAGACUUCAAAAAUGAAACUUAUAUGUAUAAAAAAAAAAGCAUGCAUUUUAAAAGACUAUUUUCCGGUGCUUAGUUUGCUGUAAAUAAACGGAAGGUACCAUUAUUAGCAAUGUGAAAAGGGGGGCGGGGCAAACCCACAAACUGGGUGUUACAUUGUAGCGAUCUAUUUAAAACCAACAAAAAAAAAAACAUAUCACCUGUUGUGUAAAUGUGUUCCCCUUUCUGUGUGUGUGUGUGUGUGUGUGUGUGUGUUUGGUUUCAGUUUCAAUUCAGCAUCACAUGACAAAAAGUAAUUAACAUUUUUAAGCUAGUUUUUUCCUCCUUGUUCUUCACCUAAACUGCUAAAAAUGUACUCUCCCGCGUAUAUACCUUUAAAAAGUAGUCCUCUAUUAAGUGAAUAAAGUAGUUAAAGUAGAUUAAUACAAUAAAAAAAUAAGUAGAUUGAGAUCCAUAAUAUGGAAUUAGGAGUAUUUAUACAUAAUCGGUUAUUAUAUAUGCUUUACGGUUAUAUGAAUGGACCAAAUCAAGCACACAGAUAAGCUUCGGCUAUAAUAAUAAUAAUAAUAAUACACUAUAUGGUCAUGAUAGUUAUUACAUUUUUGUUUAUUUGAUUUUGUUGUAUUUAUUAUUAUUAUUUAUUCAGUCCAACUUAAACCCAAAGGAUUUUUAUUAUUAUGAUGAUGAUUUCUUGUGUUUGACUGGGAGUAUCUCUUCUGUAUGUUGCCUUUUGAUUCCAAUUUAUUGCUGGAAUUUUUCAUCGUCGACACAUGAUACAUUUUUUUUUUUUUUAAUUCUUCUUAUUUGUUGUGUUUUCUCACAGAAAAGUGUGGAAUGUGCAAUACCGCUUACUGCAAAUCUAUGCAGGCCAAGAAUUGUGGCACUUUAUUUUCCUCUGUCUGUCUUUGGGAUUUGUAAUGUACAGACAGAAAUGUAUUUUUCAUAUCUUUAAUAUGAGGCAAAACAGUAUUACCGACACCGUACUCUCACAACAGUGCAAUUUAAUACGAUUAAUCUAAUUUGUGAGAUGGGAGGGGUAAAGUGGGGGGGGGAUGGGGAUCCAAAUUGACCACUUUGGGCCUUUUAUAUAUUGCUAGAAAUCCGACCAACGAAACCUAAAAAAAAAAAAUCCAAAACGGGCCACACAUACGAUUUUUUUUUUUUGUUCUGUGACUUUAAUGUGAAGAAUGAGUCUAUUUUUUGUAAAAAAGAAAAAACAAAAAACCACGAAAACGAGCACGACCACAGUUUCCUGCCGCGCGGUGGUUGAAAAUGAUGCGUGCCUUUUCAUAGCGCGAUGAGAAGGCAGCGACGUCAUUCGGCUUUGUUCAUAUACGAUAGCGCUGUACAGAAAACUCUAAUUUUAUAGCAGAAAUCAGGUCUUUAUGUAAUAGAUAUUGAGUUCUCAGGUUUUCUACAACUACUCUCCGAUGUCUUGCCCCCCCCCACACACAAAAAAAGAUUUGCGUCCAAUCCACGUUGGUCUUGUCUUGUUAAACGGGAAGAGUUUCCUCCUCAGUAGCGAAGUCCUCAGUGAUGGAUUUAAGUUGUAAGGGUCUGUGUUUCCUUUGGGAAUCCCUGGUCACGGCAUCAAGAGACCCCCCCCCCCCCGUAUCCCUACAGUUCACCGCUUCCCGCGGAGAUGUCGAGAUUUUUUCCGGCUUUCAUUUUGUUUACAUAUCUCCCUUUUGUUGUAAUGCAGUGUCCAUGUUACCACUGAUGAAGCCUUCGUUUGGACCCCCCUGAGCAGGAUGUGUGACUUACACUACUGAUAUUACCAUAGGUCAAAGGUCAGGGCUAUUCAACUAACUUGUUCUGUUGGGUGGGGGGGGGGCAUUUUCACAACUACUGUAUUUUUAUUUUUAAUAUGACGUUGCGGCAAGGCUCUGUCAUAGUCCUCUGAUAGGAGCUACUGUAAACACACCAGUCAAAGAUUGUGUAUUUGACGUGAGCACUCGGAUGCUUUUAAAAGCAUGAAAAGAUCCUAUAAGGACUGGCUGCAAAAAAUGGAUCCUUGAUCCAGAAAAGCAUUAAGCUGUUUUUAAUGCAAAAAUGCUUGUCAAAAAUCCUCAAAAUGAUAAGAGCAUUAUGCUGUUUUUGGGGAUCUACUGCAAAAAUUACCGUCAAAAAUUCUCAAGAUGACAGGAGUGUUCUGCUGUUUUUUUAACACACGUGCAGAAAUGCAUGUCAAAAUUUCCCAAACAAUAGGAACAUUCUGCUGUUUUUGAGGAUCUACUGCAAAAAUUUUUGCCACAGAUUCUCAAAAUGAUAGGAGCUUUCUGCUGUUUUUGAGGAUUGACUGCAAAAAAGCCAGUUGAAGAUCCUCAAUAUGACAGGAGUGUUCUGCUGUUUUUUAACACCUGUGCAGAAAUGCAUGUCAAAAUCCUCCAAACAAUAUUGAACAUUCUGCUGUUUUUGAGGAUCGACUGCAAAAAUGGUCGCCACAGAUCCUCAAAAUGAUAGAAUUCUGUUGUUUUUGAGGACCUUCUGCAAAAAUGUUUGUCAAAUAUCCUCAAAAUGAUAGGAGCUUUCUGCUGUUUUUGAGGAUCUACUACAAAAAUGGUCGCCACAGAUCUUCAAAAUGAUAGGGGAAUGCUGCUGUUUUUGAGGACCUUCUGCAAAAAUGUUUGUCAAAUAUCAUGUCCAAAUCCUCCAAACAGUAGGAACAUUGUGCUGUUUUUGAGGAUCUACUGCAAAAAUGGUCGCCACAGAUCCUCAAAAUGAUAGGAGAAUUCUGCUGUUUUUGAGGACCUUCUGCAAAAAUGUUUGUCAAAUAUCAUGUCCAAAUCCUCCAAACAAUAGGAACAUUCUGCUGUUUUUGAGGACCUUCUGCAAAAAUGUUUGUCAAAUAUCAUGUCCAAAUCCUCCAAACAAUAGGAACAUUCUGCUGUUUUUGAGGAUCUGCUGCAAAGAUGACCUUCAAAGAUCCUUAAAAUGACAGAAUUCUGCAAAAAAAAAUUGUCAAAGAUCCUCAAAAUGAUAGGAGCUUUCUGCAGUUUUUGAGGACCUAGUCAAAGAUCAUUUAAUGACAGGAGCGCGCUGUUGUUUGUAAUGACCUAUGACAAGAACGCUAGACAAAGAUCCUCUCUUUGACAGGUGCGGUUUGCUGUUUUGACGAAACGGCUGUAAAUGCAGCAUUCAAAGAUGCCGUAUAUGACAAGAGCAUCCUGCUGUUUUUAGGUCAUGUGACGGUUUUAGUUGAAUAGCCCUCACCAUGCUAGCGGAUGAGUGUACCGAGUUGAAAGGUUGUGUUUAUUUUCUCUGCGAGAAUGCUCCCGAUCGUUCAUAAGCUGUCUUUGUGCAUUCUGCCACUAACCAACAUGUCCUGGCUGAAGAGAUCGUCACCGUUUCUGAGACUGUUUCAAGCCACAUCUUUGUAUGCAUGUCGUCGUCCAUUAUGAUCAUGUGGCCACGGACAACACUUUGUCAUGGUACAAAAUGUAUGUCAACGUUUCUGUAGAGCAUCUUUUUUUUCCCAUGGCGUCUAUUAGCAUAUGCAGAAUAACAAAUAAAUGUAUAUAUAACUCAA